CCAAGGACAUAUUCAUCGCGGGAGUUUGCAUUGACGAAUUGUUGGACCGACAGGGAAGAGUUGCACACGAUCGCGAUCACGAACUUGUCUGCAAAUAUGUCUUCGGUGUGCCAACAAUGCGCACUGCGCCUGCAACGCGCCUCACAGACCACGACACGGCAUCUAUCAAAUCGAUCCUUUUCCAGCACAACUCCAGUCUCAUCAGCAUUGCCCGCCUUCGUCCCAACCAGAAACUCGGAAUUCGAUGGAAUCAUCGAGGAUCUUCGCCUGAAGCACUUCUUCCCUGCAAGCCUGAAACAGAAUGCGCGAAAAGUGCUCUACCAACAAAAGAACAGGCAACUACUCGAGGACAAUCCGCGCAUCGUCGAAUUUGGAGGAAAGCAGACUCAAUAUCAGUACAUCGAACGCCACACAGAAGUGCCGAACAGGGGCGAUCUGUUGAGAAAAGCGGUGGAUAUCAUUGCCGAUGGCGGAGAGAAGGAAUGGGCGAACCUACCGGUCCUCCUGCAGGCUUUCCACAAGAUCAUCCAGAAACCAGUGGAGGAUAAACACAUCGAAAAGCUGAUCAGGAAGGCGGGCGUGCACAACAAACUGGCCUCUUUCAUCAAAUGUCUACACAUGGUCGACCGGACAGGUCUUUCAUUGAAGAACGAUACCGUCCUGGAAGCACUCCUGCUAGCCAUUCGACGGAGAGCAUCAACGGGUGGGUUCCAGCGGAUCGCAACAACAGCCGCUCUCAAGUACGGCACAGAGGUGGCCGAUUUGUUAGAAACAGAGGAGCAUGGAACGGCUCGCGUGCUCGGUGCAAACGACCCUCGUACACGGCCGCAGGUCAUUGGUCUGUUCCUGGAACUGGUCGCUGCCAAUGUACAGAGCACCGGAGGCAAGGAUGUCGACGGGGUCGUGAAGUCGUAUGCUCAGAAACUUCUGGGCCGUAUCAAGGAGCAGCCGGCUUCUAUCGAGACCAGCAAGAUUCAGCUGCAGCCGGCGGGCCAGCAGACUCAAUUCCUCUUUGCCGUGUCCCUAUGGCACGGUCUACAGCUCGCAUCGAAGAUCCUCGGGCCGCAGAUGCCUUAUGCCGAUGUCGCGCGAACAACGCUCAAACAGUACCGAUCUGUUCUCGAUAAGCUUGAGAAGGAGUUGGAGGCUCGCCAAACCCAGCCCAACACCUACGACCGAAUGGCAAUCGACGACUGGAAGCUCGUCAAACAACCAUCAAAAGCAGCCUGAUCGAGAAACAGAAUAUUCUGCUCGAUCCCGCACUUGCUUGUUUCGUGCAAGCUCCCUUGUGUAGAGUAUUCCGUCUGGUUCUUCAGCGUCUGUAUUGUACUUCACCCUUUCUCAUCCAACUUUUUCUCCUCGUGGCGUCCGAACGAGCAUUGUCCUCUGAUGGGCGUAAGGCCCGAUCGGAGGCGCCCUCCCUACGUUUGUUGGUUCAAGCCUGCUUCCGAAAUUUCGCAUCUACGACGUAUGAACCUGCAUGUCAUUCUCGCUCGAGAUUCUUGGCAUACGGUCGAGCCCGACGCCAUGGCGCUACUCAUUUCGUCUCAUCGCCGCCGUGUGGAGAACGCCUACCUCUCAACAAAAG